UGCCACAUAUUUAUCUAUAAGUUUGUUUAGGCAUGGAUGUUUUGUGGCUGCUCAUCUUAAUACCAUUGCUUUUUGAUAGCAUUGAUGGAUGCUGUCGACAUGUUGUGGCAACCCUCUUCGAAGUCCUUGACUUUGUACAAGACUUCAAGAAGACCAGCUGUACUUCAGGGCCAUGUAUGUGGGUUCGGCGUGCUUCUCAGGCCGAUCAACUAGGCAAACCUAUUCCUGCCUCACAACUUGAGACUUCAAUUAUGGUGGAGCCCAGCACACAGACAGCAAUGCCACUGUAUUCGCCAUUGUCUGAUGAGUAUCCAGUGCCAGAUCCUAACGAUUUCCUUGAAAAAGUGAAAACUCUUCAACCAACAGCCUGCGGAUUACGUGCCAUGUAUGACUGCUCAUAUAAAAAGAAUUGUACUUCAUCACCUCUGAGCGUCAAAACACCAAUGGAAAGAGCUGAACAAUUUAUGAAGGAACAUAUAUGUGAAAAUUUAUCUUGUAACUGUUCUAAUAUAUUUAUGUAUUAUUAUCUUACUUAUUCAGAGAAUGAAUGUGAGCAAAUUGAACAAUUAACAAGAGGUCAAUCAAAAAAUAAUAACUGGCAUCGGAUGAGAAAAGGACUAUUAACUGCAUCCAAUUUUCAUAAAAUUACACAUUCAACUGAUUUAAAUCGAACAGCAAUUGCGUUACAAAAAAAAUCAGUGUUUGCAGAAAACUCUAUUCCAGACUCCAUAUUAUUUUGGGCAGCGAUUUGA